UGAAGGAAGGUUUGCUGUUACAGCUCGUUAGAAGGGGGCAGUAUUUGAACGAGGCCCGUGUAUUUUGAGAAUCUAAUAGCUCUUCCAGCUGGUAGCAAAUAGACUCAAUCGCAUUAAAUAUCUGGACAAAAGAUGUCGUCACCAAGUGCUGGCAAGCGACGAAUGGAUACAGAUGUUAUUAAACUAAUAGAAAGUAAACAUGAAGUAACCAUAUUGGGUGGAUUAAACGAGUUUUGUGUGAAGUUCUACGGACCAAAAGGAACUCCCUAUGAAGGCGGUGUUUGGAAAGUGAGGGUAGAUUUGCCAGAAAAAUAUCCUUUCAAGUCACCUUCAAUUGGUUUCAUGAACAAAAUAUAUCAUCCAAAUAUAGAUGAAGUUUCUGGUACUGUAUGUCUGGAUGUGAUAAAUCAAGCAUGGACUGCAUUAUAUGAUUUGUCAAACAUAUUCGAGUCUUUCCUUCCUCAGUUACUGACAUAUCCUAAUCCAAUUGAUCCUCUCAAUGGAGAUGCUGCAGCAAUGUAUUUGCAUAAACCAGAAGAAUACAGGAAAAAAGUGCAAGAAUAUGUGAAGAAAUAUGCGACAGAGGAAGCUCUUCGAGAACAAGAAGAAGACCAAUCAAGCAGUGAAAGCUCAAUGAGUGAUUUUUCAGAUGAUGAAACGCAAGACAUGGAACUAUAACAAACCAGGAAUGGGG